AUGCUGUGUCGCCGUUUCAGCGAAAUUCUGCAAACCCACUUCCUCACUCCUCACCUGCACUGCCUCUCGCCUUGCCGUUCCUCACUUCCUCCUGUCUCGCAUCGUUUCAUCAUCUCAUCACUACCUGCUGUGCUGUGCCACCAUCUGUCCCUGAUGCCCUCUCCCCUGCGCCUCUCCCCUGCGCCUCUCCCCUGCGCCUCUCACCUGCGCCUCUCCCCUGCGCCACUCACCUGCGCCUCUCACCUGCGCCUCUCACCUGCGCCUCUCACCUGCGCCUCUCACCUGCGACUCUCACCUGCGCCUCUCACAUGCGCCCCUCACCCGUGCAUCUCACCUGCGCCUGUAGCCCCUGCACAGGGCCAAGCACUAUCAAUCACCGCAACUCUGGCGUCAGCGAUGCACAGCCCCACCACGCCAGCGCCCACUAUAACCACAUCAGCCUCCACAUCCCCCGCCGCUGCCUCCGCGUUCCCCCGCCCCCACUCCUCCUCUCCGCCCCGCGCCCCUCCCCCCGGCACCGCGUUCUCCCACGGAAACGACGCCAACCCAGCCGCUUCCGCCGCAGAGCGGCACGCCAUGGGUCGGCGGACGGCGCGAGGCGGGGUGGCCGGCGAUGUGGCUGGGGGGAGCGCUGUGCGGAGGGCGGCAGGCGCUGUGGUGAGCGCAGCGGUUAGGCGCAGAGGAGGCCGCGGAGAGUGCGAUUUGAGAGGUGGGGAGUGCUCGGGCGACGAGCGGCGGCAGGGAAGGGGGGGCCGCGAAACGCGCAGAGGUAUCGCCAUGGCGGCGCGGGAGGAAAAGUCGCCACCCACACCCCAAAGCGUCACCCCGCCCGCGACUCUCCAUUCAUCGCUUGCACUCGCCCCCACGCUCUCCUCGCGCCCCGCAUUCUGCCAUUCGCCGCUCAGAUUACACGAACGCCCUAUCUUCACCACGCGCACAUCGCGCCAAUCCCCGGCCGUCCCUUCCGCCUCCGCCAUGCCUGCGCCACCCGCCCCGGUCCCCGAGCACCUCGUGCAGUUCGCGCACCGUCUGGCGGACGCCGCGCGUGAGGUCGUUCCGCCGUUCUUCCGCCAGCCGAUCGGCAUCGAGCUGAAGGCGGACGAGAGCCCGGUGACGGCGGCGGAUCGCGCGGUGGAGGCGGCGAUAACGGCGCUGAUCCGCGCGGAGUACCCCGCGCACGGAAUCCUGGGCGAGGAGCAGGGGCUGCAGGGACCCGUGCAGGCGGGAGACGCUGGGGAGGGCGCAGCGGAGGGAGUGGGCGAGGGCGAGUGGGGGAGCGAGUGCGAGUGGGUGUGGGUGGUCGAUCCGAUCGACGGCACGGCGAGCUUCAUCACGGGCAAGCCGCUCUUCGGCACGCUCGUCGCGCUGCUGCACCGCGGCCGCCCCGUGCUGGGCGUGCUCGAGCAGCCCGUGCUGCGCGAGCGAUGGGUCGGCGUCGCGGGCCGCCCCACCACCUUCAACGGCGUCCCGGUCGUCACGCGCCGCUGCGCCGACCUGCGCGAUGCGUACGUGUACACCACUUCGCCGGACCUCUUCCCCGGCGCCAGCGGCGAGGCGUUCCGCGCGGUGAAGAGCGGUGCGCGCAAGGCGAACUACGGGUGCGACUGCUACGCGUUCGGGCUGGUGGCGAGCGGGUUCGUGGACGUGGCGCUCGAGUUCGGCGUGAAGCCCUGGGACUACCUCGCGCUCGUCCCCAUUGUGGCGGGCGCGGGCGGGCGCAUGAGCGACUGGCGCGGGCGCGAGCUGCGGCUGGCGUCGCUGCGCGCGGAGGACUGGGUGGGCGACGUGGUGGCGACGGGCGACGCGCAGCUGCAUGCGACGGUGCUGGCGACGCUGGCUUGGGAGCAGCGCGGCAAGGGCGAGUGA